CACCCAUGGCGCGGCGGGCGCGCGGAGGGCUCGGCUAGGAGGGGGCCGGGAGCCUGGGCGCCCUAGAGUGAGGGGGGUCGGGAGCGGGCUCUGGAGGCUGCGGAGGCGACGCCGGAGAGGACGGAGCCUCGGCGGGGAACGGAUCUUUCGAAGAUGGUUUGGCUGCCUUGGAGAUUUGGAGAUCUGAUGCCACGAUGAGGACUCACACACGGGGGGCUCCCAGUGUGUUUUUCAUAUAUUUUCUUUGCUUUGUGUCAGCCUACAUCACCGACGAGAACCCAGAAGUCAUGAUUCCCUUCAUCAAUGCCAACUACGACAGCCACCCCAUGUUGUACUUCUCCAGAGCAGAGGUGGCGGAGCUGCAGCUCAGGGCUGCCAGCUCACACGAGCAUAUUGCGGCCCGUCUCACGGAGGCUGUGCACACGAUGCUGUCCAGCCCCUUGGAAUACCUUCCUCCCUGGGAUCCCAAGGACUACAGUGCCCGCUGGAAUGAAAUUUAUGGAAACAACUUGGGUGCCUUAGCAAUGUUCUGUGUGCUGUAUCCUGAGAACAUUGAAGCCCGAGACAUGGCCAAAGACUACAUGGAGAGGAUGGCAGCGCAGCCUAGUUGGUUGGUGAAAGAUGCUCCUUGGGAUGAGGUCCCGCUAGCUCACUCCCUGGUUGGCUUCGCCACUGCUUAUGACUUCUUGUACAACUACCUGAGCAAGACACAACAGGAGAAGUUUCUUGAAGUGAUUGCCAAUGCCUCAGGAUAUAUGUAUGAAACUUCAUACAGGAGAGGAUGGGGAUUUCAAUACCUGCACAAUCAUCAGCCCACCAACUGCAUGGCUUUGCUCACAGGAAGCCUAGUCCUGAUGAAUCAAGGAUAUCUUCAAGAAGCCUACUUGUGGACCAAACAAGUUCUGACCAUCAUGGAGAAAUCUCUGGUCUUGCUCAGGGAGGUGAUGGAUGGCUCCCUCUAUGAAGGAGUUGCUUAUGGCACCUACACCACUAGAUCACUCUUCCAAUACAUGUUUCUUGUCCAGAGGCACUUCGACAUCAACCACUUUGGCCAUCCGUGGCUUAAGCAGCACUUUGCAUUUAUGUAUAGAACCAUCCUGCCAGGGUUUCAAAGGACUGUGGCUAUUGCAGACUCAAAUUACAACUGGUUUUAUGGUCCAGAAAGCCAGUUAGUGUUCCUUGAUAAAUUUGUCAUGCGUAACGGCAGUGGUAACUGGCUAGCUGACCAAAUCAGAAGGAACCGUGUGGUGGAAGGUCCGGGAACACCAUCCAAAGGGCAGCGCUGGUGCACUCUGCACACGGAAUUUCUCUGGUAUGAUGCCAGCUUGAAAUCGGUUCCCCCUCCGGACUUUGGCACCCCUACACUGCAUUAUUUUGAAGACUGGGGUGUCGUGACUUAUGGAAGUGCACUACCUGCAGAAAUCAAUAGAUCUUUCCUUUCCUUCAAGUCUGGAAAAUUGGGGGGACGUGCAAUAUAUGACAUUGUCCACAGAAACAAAUACAAAGAUUGGAUCAAAGGAUGGAGAAAUUUUAAUGCAGGACAUGAACAUCCUGAUCAAAACUCAUUUACUUUUGCUCCCAAUGGUGUACCUUUCAUUACUGAGGCUCUGUAUGGGCCAAAGUAUACCUUCUUCAACAAUGUUUUGAUGUUUUCCCCAGCUGUGUCAAAGAGCUGCUUUUCUCCUUGGGAGGGUCAGGUCACAGAAGACUGCUCAUCAAAAUGGUCUAAAUACAAGCACGACCUGGCAGCUAGUUGUCAGGGGAGAGUAGUUGCAGCAGAGGAGAAAAAUGGGGUGGUUUUCAUCCGAGGAGAAGGUGUGGGAGCUUAUAACCCCCAUCUCAAUCUGAAGAAUGUUCAGAGGAAUCUCAUCCUCCUACAUCCACAGCUGCUUCUCCUUGUAGACCAAAUACACCUGGGAGAGGAGAGUCCUCUGGAGAUAGCAGCAAGCUUCUUCCACAAUGUGGAUGUUCCUUUUGAGGAGACUAUGGUAGAUGGUGUCCAUGGGGCUUUCAUCAGGCAGAGAGACGGUCUCUAUAAAAUGUACUGGAUGGAUGAUACUGGCUACAGUGAGAAAGCAACCUUUGCCUCAGUGACCUAUCCUAGGGGCUAUCCCUACAAUGGGACAAACUAUGUGAAUGUCACCAUGCACCUCCGAAGUCCCAUCACUAGGGCAGCUUACCUCUUCAUAGGGCCAUCUAUAGAUGUUCAGAGCUUCACCAUCCACGGGGACUCUCAGCAACUGGAUGUGUUCGUAGCCACCAGUGAACAUGCCUACACAACAUACCUGUGGACAGAUGAGGCCACAGGACAGUCUGCCUUUGCUCAGGUCAUUGCUGAUCAUCACAAAAUUCUGUUUGACCAGAAUUCAGCCAUCAAGACCAGCAUUGUCCCUGAGGUGAAGGACUAUGCUGCUAUUGUGGAACAGAACCUGCAGCAUUUUAAGCCAGUGUUUCAGCUGCUGGAGAAGCAGAUACUGUCCCGAGUCCGGAACACAGCUAGCUUUCGGAAGACUGCUGAGCGCCUGCUGAGAUUUUCAGAUAAGAGACAGACUGAGGAGGCCAUUGACAGGAUUUUUGCCAUAUCACAGAAACAGCAGCAGCAAAGCAAGUCAAAGAAAAACCGAAGGGCAGGCAAACGCUAUAAAUUUGUGGAUGCUGUCCCUGAUAUUUUUGCACAGAUUGAAGUCAAUGAGAAAAAGAUUAGACAGAAAGCUCAGAUUUUGGCAGAGAAAGAACUACCCAUAGAUGAAGAUGAAGAAAUGAAAGACCUUUUAGAUUUUGCAGAUGUAACAUAUGAGAAACAUAAAAAUGGAGGCUUGAUGAAAGGCCGGUUUGGAGAGGCAAGGAUGGUGACGACUACUCACAGCAGGGCCCCAUCACUGUCUGCUUCCUAUACCAGGUUGUUCCUGAUCCUGAACAUUGCUAUUUUCUUUGUCAUGUUGGCGAUGCAACUGACUUAUUUCCAGAGGGCCCAGAGCCUACAUGGCCAAAGAUGUCUUUAUGCAGUUCUUCUAAUAGAUAGCUGUAUUUUAUUGUGGUUGUACUCUUCUUGUUCCCAAUCACAGUGUUAGCACUGAAACUAUAAAUUGCCUGGUUAUUUUGUGAUCACAAGAGUCUAUGCAAAAUAAUUUUAUUACCCCAGUUUAUCAGAUUUUUUCCCUCAAAUACAUUUUAACAAAUUAAGGGAAGAUAUUUUGACACAAGAAAGCAGGAACAUGGAGAAAUUGAAGCAGAAAAAAAAUUUAUCAAAGCAAUAAAAAUAGCUUGGUGGGUCCUAUGGUGUUUCUGGAAGUAUUUGGCAUUGCUAACUGAGCAGUCCAUAUAGAACUAGUUUUAGAAGAAACAAAAAGUCUGUUUUUUAAAGUAAUGUUUUUGCUUAUGAGAAGAAGGUUUAGAUAGAAUUGGGUUUUAUUAAUAUUAAUUUAAUGCUAUUAACAAUUUCCAUAUAGUAUAUUAUGGAAAAGACUGAAGAAUACAAUUCUUAGAAAUAUUUAAAAAUGUUUAAUGGCAUAGUCAUGUUGAAAGAAGUGUUGCUAAGUCCUGGUAUGAUGGUGUCAGCUUCCUUGGGGAGGUACUUCUUUAGUUAGGUAACUAACAGGAUCUUUUACUACAGAUCCAGAUGGCUGUUCAGAUAUCAUAGCAAAAAUGAUAGCAGAAGGUCAUUAAAAACUUAAAAUAUAUUUUGUUAGAAAACAUUUAUCUAUGAAGGAAUAUUUCCUUGAUGCUGGUCUCUGCACACAUAUAAUUGGUUACUUGUAGGCAUUCAUUGGUUGUUCAGUAAGUAAGAUGAUUACAGAUAACUUAAUACCAUAUUUUCCUUAUAUGGAAAACUGUUGUAGACUCAUGACUAAACCUUUCAAAAUAAAAUAUUAUCUGUGAUGGAUGUUGAUUUUAAUACCAAAGAAGAUGGAAAAUCUAAAAUUUGGAAAUGAUUCUUAUGUUUUUUAAUAGAAAACCUUCUUCAAGUUUAUUUUGCUAAAUAAACAGAUUAUAAUUGUGAA